AUGUAUAAUAUUCUCCUACUCAUUUGCAUUAUUACGGUUAUUUAGUCUAAACUCAAAGUUAUCAGGCCAUAAAACCUAAUUAAUGAGUACAUUGAUUAUAGUAUAGCCAAUUUUGGAAUUAUACCAUUUGGACAUCGUUUGAUGGGAAUAGUAGAUGUGGCUUAUCCACAAAAUGGAUGUAGUGAUCUUCGACCUACUUAUGGAGCUCAUUUUAUCUUGAUUGAAAGAGGGAACUGUACAUUUGUCACUAAAGUCAAGAAUGCUGAGAAAGCUGGAUAUUAAAUGGCAAUCAUUGGGAAUUACAAUGACGAACAAAUGCAAUAUGAUUUUACUAUGGCUGAUGAUGGUUAUGGAUAUUAAGUAUCAAUCCCAUCCAUCUUCAUCAAAAAAAAGCAUUUCGAUAUUUUAACUAAGAAUGCUCAGUCCUAUAAAGUAGAGGACCCAAAUGAUUUAAAGAUCAUGAUGCUUUUAAAGUUUGAUGUUGUCUAAACUGAUAAAGUAUCAGUCAUUUUUGGACUGAAUAUUCAAAAUCGAGAAUCUUUCAGAAUUAUUGAUGAAUAUUAACCAUACUACUAAUAGUUGAAAAAUCAAGAUAUCAAUUACACUCUUGUAUAUUUUAUGAUGAGUUUUAAUGAUACAACUCCAAUUGUGAAUCAAAAGGAUGCUGAUUGUAUUUGUUCAAAUAGAUAUUGUGUGUUUGAUCCUGAUGGUUAUGGCAUUGGAACUGGCAAAGAUGUAGUCUAUGAGAUUUUAAGAUAAACAUGCAUAUUCUAAAAAUACCCAGAGAAAUGGUUUUCGUAUAUGGACUAAUUCAAUUUCAAAUGUUCUAAGCCUUAAGCCUACUCUGUUUGUAGUCAAUAAAUAAUGGAAGCACAAGGGAUCUCUAAAACUGAAGUUCAAAAUUGUUUUGAUGGAUCAUUUGUGGACCAACAUACUUCCCAACCAACCAAAAAUGAAUCUAAUGCUAUCAAUCUUUUACUAGAAAAUUAAUUGCACAUAUACUAAGUUUCUGGAAUAAAUGUAUUUCCAGCAGUUCUAGUCAACUCUAUGACUUACAAAGGGUAGUUCUCGGGAUAAGGCAUCUUCGGAGAGAUUUGCAACAGCUUUUUAACACCACCACCUGAAUGUAGUUCAGAAAUUGAAGGCUAUUAACCUCCAGUACUAGAUUAAUCUAUUAUUUCAUAUUUAUUGAUUCUAGCUGCAUUUGUUGUAUUAUUCUUUUUACUUGGCUUCUGUUUAUUUAGAAAAAUGAUCAAAAGUGAUGGUGAAAGAGUCACUAAACCUUAAGUGAAUGAGAUGGUGAGUUAAUACAUUAAGUUUUAUGAAGGAAAAGACAAACAAAAGGAAGGUUCUAUCUGA